UCUCUCCCAUUCUGUAUUUGGGUAUAUUAUUCUCUCUGAUACCUUUUUUUUCUCCAUCAUUUUCUUGGGAAAAUUAAAGGGAAAAAUGUUGUUCAUGGUUUUCUUUUUGUUUUUCACUUUGGGUCAAUGCAGUGUUGAUUAUAACGCUUUAUUGUCCUUCAAAGACUCUGUUUUCGAUCCUUCAAAUUCGCUUUCCUCAUGGGCUAACUCAUCCAAUCCUUGUUCUGAUUCUUGGUAUGGUGUCACAUGCAACCCUUCGACUCACCGAGUUACGAGACUCGUUCUUGAGAACCUAAAUCUUUCUGGGUCAACUCGAUCACUGCAUCACCUUUCUCACCUUAGACUCCUCAGCCUUAAAAAUAAUCGAUUUUUCUCCUCUUCCCGAGUUAAUUUGUCUUCGUGGCGUUACUUAAGGCAUCUUUACCUCCGUGGAAACCUAUUCUCGGAAACAUUCCCCACCGGAAUCUCCACUCUUCGGCGGCUCCACCGUCUCGACCUUUCGCACAACGAUUUCCACGGCGAAAUCCCAAUGGCCGAGUUGACUCAGUUGCCGUACUUGUUGACUCUCCGCCUCGAGUCGAAUUCGUUCACUGGACCACUCAACUCAAUUCCCUCGUUUUCUUGCAUUUCGGACUUUAACGUCUCCGAUAACAGUCUCUCCGGUGACAUUCCGUCGUGGAUGUCUCGUUUUCCAAUCUCUUCCUUCGAAGGAAACAAAGCCCUCUGCGGCCAUCCUCUGACGUCCGAUUGUUUCAAUCGGACGGCACUCCCGGCUUCCAUAACACAAAAGAUGCAUCACCCCGAGACGAAGAGGCUAAGCAAUGAAGUGAUCCUGAUGAUCAUCGCCGUAGACGCGGUGGCCGUUAUGACGGCGAUAGUAUCCGUUACGUGGUGUUGUUACAAAUACAAGUGUCUCUCCCAAAACGAAGGGACGGAAACAAAAAGUGGGUCGAACUCCAAAUCGUCGAGGCCGAAUUCAAUAGAGGCGGAGGAAUUGGUGGUGUUGGAAGGGUGCAAGGGUUUUAGGAAAGUGGGUGAUCUGUUGAAGUCUUCGGCGGAGCUGUUGGGCAAAGGGAGUGUGGGUACCACUUACAAGGUGGUGACGGACGGCGGCGAUGUGGUGGUGGUGAAAAGGGUGCGGCAGAGGAGGCGGCGGAGGGAUGUUGAUGGGUGGUUGAGAAUAAUUGGCGGGUUGAGGCAUGCUAAUGUUGUGUGUCUCCUAGCAUACUAUAACUCCAAGGAGGAGCUGCUUUUGGUCUAUGAGUUUUUACCAAAUGGAAGCUUGCAUUCUCUCUUGCAUGGAAACAGGGGACCGGGAAGGAUGCCAUUGAGUUGGCGAACGAGGUUAAAGCUAGCUUCCGAGGCAGCUAAAGGCCUAGCGUUCAUCCACGGUAACAAAAAAGCCAAAAUCCUCCAUGGACACCUUACAUCAUCAAACAUCCUAGUGAACAACCAAGGCAAUGCCGGCAUUUCGGAUUCUGGUCUCCACCAAGUCUUAUACUCCCCGUCUCCGACCAACGAUGACUACAAGGCCCCAGAACUGAAGCUCAACAAUGGCACCGACGACACUACGGGCCUAAAAAAGUACACGCAAAAAUGCGACAUUUAUAGUUUCGGGGUGAUAUUACUAGAGAUGUUAUCGGGGAAAACGGCGAGCGGCAAUGGGGAGGGGGGGAUGAGCUUGGUGAAAUGGGUUCAAAGCGUGGGGAAAGAAGAGUGGGGAUGGGAAGUGUUUGAUUUUGAGAUGUUGGGGGAUAAGGUGAUGGAGAAUGAGAUGGUGGGAUUAAUGCAAGUGGCGUUGCUUUGUGUGGCAACAUUGCCUAAAGAUAGGCCAAAGAUGAGUGUGGUGCAUGGGAUGAUCGAGGAUAUUAGGGGUAAGAGUGGGAGAAAUGGUGGGAAUGGGAUGGUUUCUAUUCUCGAUCAUUUUUCAUCUGAUUCUUCACCUUCUCAAUCAGAAAGGACUCUUGGGCUUUAAUAAUUAGGUUAUAAAUGUAGCCAUUGUUGAAGUAAAAAAU